UUAAACAUGGCGACCUUCAUGCGAAAUUUACGCACAUGUAACUUUAAUUUUGGACACUCACGAAUAACUAGAUUACAUAGACAUUAUCAGUGUUUUUCAAAGUCAUCUCGACAAAUUUCAGAAAAUUUUCGAUCAAACUUUAUUCGCCAUUCCUGUUCAGCCAAACUACCAACGAUUAAAGAAUCGACAGUUCGGAGGUUUCAUCAUAUUUACAGUGUAGAAAACAGGUUAUGUAAUUCUAAAAAAUUGUCUGUUUGGAAUAACAAUCUUUUGAAUACAUGGAAACGAGCAUCUUCUGUAAACUGGCAUUGUUUAAGAGCGUAUUCAAGUCAACAAUCCUCGGGGGACACAGAGGACGGAGAAACUCCUCCACCCCAGGGACCCCAGUACCUCCCGACACCCCUUACCGUACCAGAUUACUUUCCAAGAGUGCCGGUAUUAGCUGUCAACAGAAAUCCCGUUUUCCCUAAAUUUAGUAAAAUGUUAGAGAUAAAAGAUCCUGAUUUAAUGGAUUUGUUGAGGAGGAAAGUUAAAUUGAAUCAACCAUAUGCAGGAGUUUUUCUGAAGAAAAGUGAUUCAAAUGAAGCAGACUGUGUCUCCUCUUUAGAUGAUAUCUACAAAGUGGGAACAUUUGUUCAAAUUGCUGAGUUGCAAGACAUGAAAACAAAAAUAAGAUUAAUUGUCAACUGCCACAGAAGGAUCCGGAUUACUGAUAUUUUAAAUGAAGAUGCAGAACCUUUUCCAACGGGGACUAUUUCACCACUCAAAACAGUUCAAGAGAAAAAUGACAGCAAAAGAAAAAUGAAGAGAAGAAGAAAUGGCAAGGCAAAUAAUGGCAAUGGUGAUGAGAAAGUGGAAACCACAGAGACACUAGAAGGAUCAACAAAUUCAAUGAACACACCUACACCUCCACCCAUGGGCGAAAAAAUAGAGGAAGAUGUUGCCAAAACUGUGUCCAUGAAUAAAAUUCUGAUGGUGGAAACAGAGAAUGUCAAGGACAUAUCUUAUGAGUACAAUGAUCAAAUGAAGGCCACAACUGCAGCAGUGGUAGAAACAAUUAGAGAUAUCAUCUCUCUGAAUCCUAUUUACAGAGAAAAUUUGGCCUACAUGAUUCAACACAACAGAUUCAAUGAUAAUCCAGUUUACAUCAGUGACCUAGGUGCCCAGUUAACGGCAGCUGAAUCCUCCGAUUUACAGUCUGUUUUAGAGGAGCUGGAUGUAUCAGAGCGAUUACAUAUGGUGCUCACAUUGCUGAAGAAAGAAUUUGAAAGAAAUAAACUUCAGAAGAAAAUUGGUGAAGAGGUUGAGGAAAAAGUGAGAAAGCAACAUCGUGAUUUUAUCUUAAGAGAACAGUUAAAGCUGAUUAAAAAGGAAUUGGGUAUGGAGAAAGAUGAUAAGGAUGCCAUAGAGGAAAAGUUUAGAAAAAGGUUAGAGGGUUUGUCAGUUCCUGAUCAUGUGAUGGAAGUUAUCAAUGAAGAACUAAAUAAAUUAUCCAUUCUUGAUAAUCACUCCUCAGAAUUCAGUGUCACUCGUAAUUACCUGGACUGGCUAACUAUUCUACCUUGGGGAAAGUUCACAGAGGAAAAUCUAGAUCUGAGCAAGGCAAAGGAGAUAUUGGAGGCCGAUCACUAUGGCAUGAAAGAUGUCAAGGACAGAAUAAUGGAAUUUAUAGCAGUCAGCCAAUUAAAGGGAUCAACACAAGGCAAGAUUUUAUGUUUCCAAGGGCCACCAGGCGUGGGGAAGACCAGUAUAGCCAAGUCUAUAGCCAGGGCACUAGGCAGAGAGUAUUACAGAUUCAGUGUAGGGGGAAUGUAUGAUGUGUCAGAAAUCAAGGGACACAGGAGAACCUAUGUAGGGGCUAUGCCUGGUAAAAUGAUUCAAUGUCUGAAGAAGACAAAAUCACAGAAUCCACUGGUGCUUAUAGAUGAGGUAGACAAGAUAGGAAGUAACAGACUGCAUGGAGAUCCGGCUGCAGCGCUGCUGGAGUUGUUAGAUCCAGAACAGAAUGCUAACUUCCUAGAUCACUUCCUUGAUGUACCUAUAGAUGUGUCCAAGGUCCUUUUUAUAAGCACUGCCAAUGACAUUGAAACCAUUCCAGAUGCAUUAUUGGACAGAAUGGAAGUUAUUGAAGUUUCAGGGUACAUUGCUGAUGAAAAAUUCCACAUAGCACAGAAAUAUUUAGUCCCACAAGCUGAGACCAAUUCUGGUAUUGGAAGUGAACAGGUUCAUAUAGCAGAUGAAUCCCUAAAGACAUUGAUUCAUUCUUACUGUCGAGAAAGUGGUGUCAGGAAUCUUCAAAAGCACAUCGAAAAGAUAUACAGAAAGUGUGCCUUGAUGAUUGCUAGGAAGGAGAGUGAGAAAGUUGAGGUCCAAAAUGACACUCUGCAGAAGUUCAUAGGUUUGCCGAUUUACCAGACGGACAGGAUGUAUGAUGUCACACCACCAGGGGUCGUCACAGGGCUAGCUUGGACCAGUUAUGGAGGAACAACAUUAUAUCUGGAGUGUGUAAAGGUACCCCCUGCUUCAGACAAGGAGAAGGAAAGCCCUCCCUCUAUGAAUGUGACAGGGAACAUGGCCAAAGUAAUGGAGGAGAGCAGUAAGAUUGCUUACACAUACUCCAAGACACUGCUGCAGGAAAUGGACCCUAACAACGACUUCUUCCACAGAUCUAGUGUUCACCUUCACUCCCCUGAGGGUGCUACACCAAAGGAUGGACCCAGUGCAGGUAUUGCCAUCACUACAGCUCUGUUGUCCUUAGCAAUGGGUCGGCCAUGCAGACAGGAACUGGCUAUGACAGGGGAGAUCACUCUGACAGGAAAAGUGCUGGCUAUUGGUGGCCUCAAAGAAAAGCUGCUGGCAGCCAAGAGAGCUGGGAUGAAAUGUGUUAUAUUACCAGAAGAAAACAGAAGUAAAUUUGAAGAUUUGGAUGAUGCAGUGAAAUCUGAUCUGGAAGUGCACUUUGUGAAACAUUACAAAGAAGUGUUUGAUAUUGCAUUUCCAAGGGAAGGAUCACAAUCUUGAUAGGAAUAUAGAAAAACACCGAUCACAGAAAGUCCCCAGACAGACAUUUAUAUCCAAACUCAAAUAGGAACUAAGAUGUGAUAUUAAGUUUCACUCUUUCACAAAUCAGUGACACUGUUCCUUAUCUACAGAGUUAUUAAGAGUUGUCCAAAGCAACAUAGAAAACAGCUUGGCAUAUGGAAACAUGUAAGCAACAUUCAAGUUGCAUGGACUUUCUUAAUGAAAAGAUAGAGCAAAGAAAUCAUUAACUUUAUAACUAAAGACUGCAGUGUUUUUUGCCCGAGAUAUUAUAUAUAAAAUAUCUGUAUAUGUGUAUGUAAAUUAUGUUCAUGUUCAUUAAAUGUGAUACAAAGUCUACCUGUA